AUGCAACAAAAUUACCUUCCUCCAGAUCACGAUGAUUUUUUAACACCUGAGCAAAUAAAAUUACGGUAUCAAGAUACUUCAUUAAUUAUUUUUAAAGAACAGAGGAACAGGAACAAUAAUUAUCUGAGUUUUGGUACCAGUCGCCGGACAAUUGAGUACAGUAAUUUUGGAAAUGAUCCUGUAAUUAUUAAGCCGAAGAUAAUUAAUACAGACAAAGAUGUUUCUAAAAGCGGUAAAAAAAUUUUUUUAAUUAAAAAUUUAUUAAAAAAAAAUUCUGCAAGCGAGAAGAAAAAGCGCCAAGACGCCACCUGGCGGUGA